CAAUGCAAUGCGCCCGGCGAUGACGACAGCAACAAAACACAGCAGCGGAGUCUGCCUGUAAGCUUGGCUGCCGCUGGGGUAAACACUGUCAACGUUACACAACGCCGGGCCCGAAAGCGCUGGCCUGGGGGAGAAAACGGGGAUAGCACACCAGGAUCGCGUCCAGGGUGAUGCCAGCCGGGGGAGUGAGUCGGAAAUAACCCCCCGCGUCCGUCGCCUCGUUAGCCGACGUGCUAGCCGGCUAGCCGUGCGCCCGGGCGAUCGCGCGGCCAGGAGGAUGUGACACACAGCCGCCGAGGUGAAGGGAGGCAUGGCUGGUCAGCGCGAGCCGGGCUGCGGCUCUGGGAUAGAAAGUUACCUGCACUGCUGCAGAUCCCCUCACCCUAAUCCUAAAUCCCCCUAAGCACACCCCGUAUCCAUUUUUGAUGCGUCUAUUGCCAAGGUCCGCUGAUUUACCGAGACUCUUUGCUGUAAUUAGACAGCAUCCUGUGACAGUAGGAGGUGCUAAGUGACUAAAUGAUCAAGGAAGGGAAAAGUGAAGAUUGUCGGAGAAUUCAACAUGAAGUUAUAUGUGUUCCAGGUCAACAACGGGAGCACGCUGACUUUUGAUACGGAACUCGCCGUCCAGACGGUGUUGGACCUCAAGCAUGCCAUCCAGGCCAAGUACAAGAUCGCGGUGCAGCAUCAAGUCCUCGUGGUGAACGGGGGCGAGUGCAUGGUGGCGGAGAGGCGAGUCUGCAGCUACAGCGCUGGCACUGACACCAACCCCAUCUUCCUCUUCAACAAAGAGAUGAUCUUGUGCGAUCGGCCUCCGACCAUACUGAAAACGACCUUCUCCAUUGAGAAUGAGAUGGAGCUGAAGGUGGAGGAGUCCCUUAUGAUGCCGGCCGUCUUUCACACCGUUGCCUCCAGAACCCAGCUUGCAGUGGAAAUGUUUGAAGUUGCCAAGAAGCUUUGCUCCUUCUGCGAGCGCCUGGUCCAUGACGAACACCUGCAGCACCAAGGCUGGGCGGCCAUAAUGGCGAACUUGGAUGACUGCACGCUGUCCUAUCAGAAGCUGCUCUGGAAGUUCGAGAAUGCCUACGUGAACUACCAACAGGACACUGAGGACAUCAAGCUCAAACUCACCAAGCUAGGCAUCGCAGUGGCAGUCAUGGCCCGCAUCCCGCUACUGGAAUGCCUAACCCGCCACAGCUACCGGGAGAGCCUGGAAAAGUCUGCUUCGCCGUCCUCGCGUGAGGCCACCGCUGAUGAGACCGAGGAGGAUGAGCGCUCGGUGGACUCGGUGCUGCGCCCCAGCGACGCGGCCAUCUCGCCCAGUGGCUCGCACGCUGCCUCCCCCGAGGAGGAGCCGCGGGUUGUGGAGGGCAGCACCGGGGAGGGGAGCGAGAUGACGGACAGCAGCGGCUUGAGAGCCGCCCUGCAGGAGGCGGACUCCCCCGAGAGGAGCGGCCCGGCCCAGUUCAACGUCAGCCUACUGGACUGGAUCAACGUCCAGGACAGACCCAAUGACGUGGAGUCACUUGUCAGGAAGUGCUUCGACUCCAUCAACAGGCUCGAUCCGAGAAUCAUUCAGCCCUUUCUGGCGGAAUGCCGGGAUACCAUCGCCAAACUGGAUAAUCAGAACAUGAAAGCCAUCAAGGGGCUCGAGGACAGGCUGUACGCUCUGGACCAGAUGAUCGCAAGCUGCAAGAAGUUGGUCAACGAGCAGAAGGAACUCGCUCAGGGAUUUCUAGCCAAUCAGAAGAGGGCCGAGAACCUGAAGGACACUUCGGUGCUGCCUGACCUGUGUCUAAGCCACGCCAACCAGCUGAUGAUCAUGCUGACCAACCACCGGAAGCUGCUGGACAUUAAGCAGAAAUGCACGACUGCCAAACAGGAGCUCGCCAACAAUCUACAAGUUCGACUCAAAUGGUGCUGCUACGUGAUGCUUCACGCGGACCAGGACGGGGAGAAGUUGCAGGCCCUGCUGCGGCUGCUGACGGAGCUGCUGGAGAGGGUGCGGGUGGUGGAGGCGCUGGGCACAGUGCCGCAGAUGUACUGCCUGGCCGUGGUGGAGGUCGUGAGGCGCAGGAUCUUCAUACGGCACUACAGAGAGUGGGCCGGUGCCCUUGUGAAAGAUGGAAAGCAGCUUUACGAGGCCGAGAAGGCGAAGAGGGAAACCUUUGGAAAACUCUUCAGGAAAUCUUUUCUCAGAAACCGGUUGUUUCGAGGCCUCGAUUCCUGGCCUCCCACGUCAUUUUGCACACGAAAGCCCCGGAAGUUUGACUUUGAGCUUCCAGAUAUCUCCCUUGCUGACCUGCAGUAUUUGAAAUCUUGCUGUCCUGCCGAAGUCCAGCCUUUCCUCAGUGUCCCAUCGCUGUGUGACUUUGAACCUCUCCAACACCACAGUCAAAAGCUCCGCCGGUUGGUUCAGGCUGCCCAGAGUGUCGAUGAGAUGUCCCAGACCAUCACCGACUUACUCAGCGAACAGAAGGCAUCCAGUACCCAGAUGGCACAGAGAUCCACCGCACUACCACGAUCAGAAAGCACAACAGGAACCACCUCUACCUCCCCCAAAACCCCUUCAUCUCUCAGUCUCCAGGGACCCCUCUGUCACGCCCUUACAGCUCCUGCUCCCUUGGAGGAGUUAUCUCCGGACAGCAUCGAUGCCCACACGUUUGACUUUGAAACCAUCGGACACCCGAACAUGGACCCGGUAUUACAGCAAGGGUCCCUGGACCUUGACUCGUUAGCGGAGAGCCCCGAGUCAGAUUUCCUGUCUGCCGUGAAUGAGUUUGUGAUUGAGGAUAAUUUGACGUCCCCAAAUCCCAUCAGUGACCCAACAAGCCCCGAAAUGAUGGUGGAGUCUCUGUACUCCUCUGUCAUCAAUGCCAUAGACAGCAAGCGCAUACAGGACACGACAACAUUGCAAAAGGAGAACUCAAAGGUAGCUGCCUUGAAAUUAUGCAUCGACAAAUACAGGUCAGCUACCGAGGAAUCGCAAGGCUACCUGAGGAGCAUUAAGGAGGACCUGUGCCACUUCCGCGGACUAUUGCUGAAAGAGCGGAGAGAGUUCAGCUUUGCCUUGAAAUUAAUGUCCGUCGACAUACAGAAAGUCUUGGAUAGCAUCCUGCAGUUCCAUGAGGAGGACAUGAAGAAAAAGCAGCAGGUGGAAAUACAGGCUCUCAGAAGAGAGCAUGACAAACAAUUGUCAGACCUACGAGAAGAAUCUGAGGUGAAUCAAAACAUCAUCAAAGACAUACAGAGGGCCAUGCUUGAGCUGGAAGGUAUUGUCGGGAGGAAGGAGAAAGAAAUCGCCCAGCUUGAGAGUGAGAGAGAAAGGUCCUCGGAAGCUGUGAGUACCCUAAAGAUGGAGCUGCUGGGCUUGGAGCAGAAAAUGGCAGAUCAGAGUGAGCAGAUGAAGACUGUGGAGCUGUCCCGGGACUCGCUUGCUAGUCAGUUAGAGCACCUGCACUUUGAGAUCGAACGCAGCCAGCAGAAGAUUCGGCAGGAGAUGGAAAGCUUGGAGAGGGCUCACCUCCAUGAGCUGGAGGAGAGGUUACGGAGGCAGCAUGCCAUUGAGCUUGAGGAGGUCCGACGUGACGGCCAGGCGGCUCGAGAGCGGCUGGCCGAGGAGAAUGUGGCCAAGCUAAAGGAGCUUGUGGAUCUCCAUGCCAGAGACCUCCGUGAGCGGGAGGACCGCUUGAAGGAUCUGGAGCACCGCCUCUCAGAGCUGUCGGACCUGCGCUGCAAGCUGGAGGUGGAGAUGGCCCUCAAAGAGUCGGAGACGGAGGAGAUACGGCUUCUGUACGAGGAAGCCAAGAGUCACCAGGAGGAGGCUGUGACCUCCCGGGUGAAAUCUGAAACAGAAGCCUUCCAGAAGGAGAUCGGUGACCUGAAGCGGCAGCUGCAGGCCAAGAACGAGGAGUAUGAAGUGGGCCUGGCUGAGCUGAGGUCACUCAUGAGGCUGGAAAAGGACCACUGUAUCUCCGAGCUUGUGGACAGGCACGAGGAAGAAAGCACGCUACUGCGGAAUGAGUUUGUGGCUCUGCAACGGAAAUCUGCCGAAGUCGAGAUGGGUCUCAGGGAGCAGGUGCAGACGCUUCAGAAGGAGCUGGAGGACAGAAGUGCCACCCUGCAGAGUGAGAAGGAGCAAGAGAGGGUGUUUCAAGAAGAGCAACAGCACCUGAAAACUGUUAUCAGUGAUCUUCAGGCGGAGAAUGAGCUGCUCUCGGAGAGGAUAGCUCAGGAGAAGCAGACGGCCCUUCAGAGUCUGGAGGAACAAAAAGAUGUGGCUGUGAAGGCCGCUUUGGCAGAGGCCUUCAAAGACUUUGAACUGCAGAAGGCGGCCGUUGAGGAACGACUGUUGGAAAAGAUUAAGCAGCUUGAAAACCAACUCCAAGACAGACGGUCUGCCCAAGGCCUGGUGGCGCCAUUGGGACCGACCGAGGACAGACCGGCCGAGCGCUCGGGCCCUAUCAAUCCUGACCUUGAGGAGAGGCUGCAGGAGGAGAGGCUUUCCCUCCUGGCCCAGCUGGAACUCCUGGAGAAGAAGAAGAACGAGGAGAUACAGAACAUGAAGACAUCGCUCAUCGCCGAGCAGCAGACGAACUUCAACACCGUCCUGACAAGAGAGAAGAUGAAGAAGGAGCAGAUGAUCAACGAGUUGACGGAGAAGCUGAGAAAAGUCACCCAGCAGCAAGAGAAGGAUAAAGGCCUGAUCGAGACCCUGCAGGAGGACCGAGCCAGUCUUCUACAGGAGAAGAAGCAGCUACAGGAGGAGCUCGGCCGGUUGCGCAGCUCUGCCAUGCUCUCGUCUGCCCACUUUAUGGGCAACCUGCCCCCUGCUGACACCCCAGGGGCUGCCGCGUCUUCCGAGGCACCGCUCGACCCGGACCGGUUCGCCUCCGUGGUGCCGACCCAUGAGGAGGAGAAGGUGGACUCGGCUGUGGAGGCCAGCAUGAUGACCGUACAUGAGAAUAUCCUACUGCUGUCGGAGGAAAAACGACGCAUUCUUUUGUUGGAAAGGACCUUGCAUAUGAAAGAGGAAGAAAACAAACGCCUCAGUCAGAGACUGAUGUCCCAGAGUAUGUCCUCUGUAUCUUCCCGACACUCUGAGAAAAUUGCUAUAAGAGAAUUUCAGGUGGGAGACUUGGUGCUGAUCAUUCUGGAUGAGAGACAUGACAACUACGUCCUUUUCACCGUGGGCCCCACCCUCUACUUCCUCCACUCCGAAUCCCUCGCUGCCCUGGAUCUCAAGCCAGCAUCAGGGGCUGCCAGACGACCCUGGGUUCUUGGGAAAGUGAUGGAAAAAGAAUAUUGUCAGGCGAAAAAGGCUCAGAACAGAUUCAAGGUCCCCCUGGGUACCAAAUUCUACAGAGUCAAGGCUGUACCCUGGAACACAAAAGUAUAAUCUGACUGUGAGAAGGAAAUGGGAGUUUGUUUUGCUUACGUUUUUAAAAUGCAUCUGGUGUUGUUCAUAAAUCUGUUAUAAAUCAGCCACUGCAUUAGCAGGAAUAAAAUCAUAAUCAUCACGUUUUCACUUCUUUUAAUAGCAAAUGAGAACAAAUUUGUUUGUUUUUGUUUUCUUUUUUAAAAACCCAGGAUAUUUAUAAUUGUGGACCAAAUUUUAAUUUAAUUUACUUUGGUUAGGGCAUGUCCUAUACAUACCGGCUUUGGUGCCAUUCAAAUUGUCUGUAUAAUAAACAUAAGUAUUUGAAUGUUGCGUUAGUUUCGUUAUGACUGGCGCUUGUCUUUUGUGGAAAUUCUCGCGAUCAGCUGCGAUGUUCUUUAAUGUUCUGGAAGUUCACAUUUACCCUAAAUGUUUAUGGAGGAAUGUUCAUGGCAUGUUUGACCCGUUUGCUUCCUCUCAUCAGAAUCUCCAGAUAAAUGUGGUCACUGGCUAUGUAGGUUCAUGCUGUUUGUUUCCCACAGCACAGUGUACUGGCCCUCUGUUAAUCAAAAAGAAAAAUGAAACGAAAAAAGGAAAAUGUAUAUUUCGAAAGGCUGGGUACGGCGGUCUUCACGCAAUCCUUUAAAAUGCACUUUCAGAAGAUGACAAACACUGCUCCCAUGAAUUCAGAAAAAGGGGUCUCGUUCCGCUCAUAACAUGACGGCACAACUUCCCUUGUCCAUCGAACGUUGGUAUAUAGGAAAUAUUUCAUAUUCGUGCUCUUGUGUUUCAUUAUUGGAUAAAUAUUUCAUUGUACAUUACCCAUCAAGUCAUACAAGUAACAAUAAAUGACUGUAUUGUAAAGGAAUAUAGAGUUUUGAAACAAUAAAGGUUUGAUCCCCGA